GUUCGUGUAAGUGUAACCCAUUCCGCUGCUGGGUUCUAUAUUUAUCCUAUCUCAGCUGAAGGAGAGACAGAGCGGAAAGGCUACAUAAACCCUAGAAGAAUCCUGUUAAUUCAAAUAAAGCCCGCGAUUUCUUGUUUGAUUCAGAUUCCAUUCACGAAUUAAGCCGGCAAGAUGAGGAUUAUGAUCAAAGGUGGAGUAUGGAAGAAUACGGAGGACGAGAUCUUGAAAGCGGCGGUUAUGAAGUAUGGGAAGAACCAAUGGGCUAGAAUUUCUUCGCUGUUGGUUCGGAAAUCAGCAAAGCAAUGCAAGGCGCGGUGGUACGAAUGGCUCGAUCCCUCCAUCAAAAAGACUGAGUGGACUCGGGAAGAAGAUGAGAAGCUAUUGCAUCUUGCAAAACUUAUGCCCACACAAUGGCGGACAAUUGCCCCAAUUGUUGGCCGUACUCCAUCUCAGUGCCUCGAAAGGUAUGAGAAGCUCCUGGAUGCUGCUUGUGCCAAAGAUGAGAACUAUGAACCUGGAGAUGACCCACGGAAAUUGCGUCCUGGGGAGAUUGACCCUAAUCCAGAAUCCAAGCCAGCACGUCCUGAUCCUGUGGAUAUGGAUGAAGAUGAGAAGGAGAUGCUUUCUGAAGCACGGGCACGCUUAGCUAAUACUAGAGGCAAGAAGGCAAAAAGAAAAGCCAGAGAGAAGCAGCUGGAGGAGGCUCGAAGGCUUGCUUCAUUGCAGAAAAGGAGAGAACUGAAAGCCGCUGGAAUUGACAUUCGUCAAAGGAAGAGAAAGAGAAGGGGAAUUGAUUAUAAUGCUGAAAUCCCAUUUGAAAAGAAGCCGCCUCCAGGCUUUUAUGAUGUUGCUGAUGAAGAUCGGCCAACUGAAUUAGUCAAGUUUCCGACCACUAUUGAAGAACUUGAAGGUGAAAGAAGAGUUGAUAAAGAAGCACGGUUACGAAAGCAGGACAUUGCAAGAAAUAAAAUAGCACAGAGGCAGGAUGCUCCGUCAGCGAUCAUGCAAGCUAACAAGCUUAAUGAUCCUGAAACAGUUAGAAAAAGAUCUAAACUGAAUCUCCCUGCACCGCAGAUUCCAGACCAUGAACUGGAGGCGAUUGCCAAGAUAGGUAUUGCUAGUGAUCUUGUUGGAAAUGAAGAGCUCACAGAAGGAAAUGCUGCAACACGCGCUCUUCUUGCAAGCUAUGCCCAGACACCGCGGCAGGGUAUGACUCCAAUGAGAACCCCCCAAAGGACUCCUGCAGGCAAGCAGGAUGCCAUUAUGAUGGAAGCAGAAAACCAGCGGAGGUUAACUCAAUCCCAGACUCCUUUGCUCGGUGGAGAGAAUCCUAUGUUGCAUCCUUCAGACUUUUCUGGAGUCACUCCAAAGAAAAGGGAUAUUGCGACACCUAAUCCGCUCUUGACUCCUUCAGCAACUCCUGGAGGCACGGGUCUUACACCUAGAAUUGGCAUGACGCCUUCACGUGAUGUAUAUUCUCUUGGUAUGACUCCAAAAGGAACUCCCAUGAGGGAUGAGCUGCACAUUAAUGAAGACAUGGAUAUGCAUGAAGAUGGCAAAUUAAGGCAGUCUGAUUCAAAAAAAGAACUGCUUUCUGGAUUGAAGAAUCUUCCACAACCCAAGAAUGAGUACCAGAUUGUUAUCCAGCCCUUCCCUGAAGAUGAAGAAGAACCAGAGGAGAAAAUCGAGGAGGAUAUGUCUGAUAGAAUUGCUAGAGAGAAAGCCGAGGAAGAAGCAAGGCAACAAGCACUACUUAAGAAAAGAUCAAAAGUACUGCAGAGAGAGCUCCCAAGACCACCUCCUGCUUCAUUGGACCUCAUUAGAAACUCUUUGAUCAGAGCUGAUGAAGACAAGAGCUCCUUUGUCCCUCCAACAUUAGUUGAGCAGGCUGAUGAGUUAAUAAGAAAGGAGCUUCUAUCUUUGCUAGAGCAUGAUAAUGUAAAAUAUCCCCUGGAUGAAAAAUCCACUAAGGAAAAGAAGAAAGGUGGCAAACGUGCUGCAAAUGGAAAAUCUGUAUCUGUGCCUCUGAUUGAUGAAUUUGAAGAAAAUGAACUGAAAGAGGCUGAUGAAUUAAUAAAGGAUGAGGCACAACUUCUUCGUGUUGCAAUGGGCCAUGAGAAUGAAUCUCUUGACGGUUAUGUUGAAGCACACAAGACAUGCUUAAAUGAUAUGAUGUACUUCCCUACUCGUGAUGGCUAUGGUCUAUCAAGUGUUGCCAACAAUAUGGAGAAGCUUGCUGCCCUGCAGAAUGAAUUCGAAAAUGUGAAGAAGAAGAUGGACGAUGAGACUAAAAAAGCACAACGGCUUGAGCAGAAGAUAAAAGUUCUUACCAAUGGCUACCAAAUGAGAGCUGGAAAACUCUGGACACAAAUUGAAGCCACCUUCAAGCAGAUGGACACUGCAGGAACUGAACUUGAGUGUUUCCAAGCUUUACAGAAGCAAGAGCAACUAUCAGCAACACAUAGGAUCAGCAACCUCUGGGAAGAGGUUCAGAAACAGAAGGAACUUGAGCGCAUUUUACAGAAGCGUUACGGUGACCUAUUACCAGAACUAGAGAGGCUGCAGCAUUUGAUAGAUGCUUACAGAUUGCAAGCAGAAAGAGAACAAGAAUUGGCUGCAAAGAACAAUAGCCCUGCACCAGACAAGACCGAUGUUGCUAUGGAUCAAACACCUGCACCAGAUCUUGAAACUCCCAAGGGUGAAACUGCUGUAAAUAACGACCUUGAAUUGUCUGAUGCUGCUGCUGAGCCUCAGGCUGAAUCUGCUGUUGAGUCUCAGGCUGAGUCUGCUGCUGAGCCUCAGGCUGAAUCUGCUGUUGAGUCUCACGCUGAAUCUGCUGUUGAGUCUCAGGCUGAGUCUGCUGCUGAGCCUGAGCCUACUUUAGAUCAAUCCGUUGCACCAAAUCUUGGAAAUCCUGAACCUACAGGCAUUGACGAGGGAAACUCUAUGAAAGUGGACAAUCCUGAUGAUAAGAGAAGCCAAGAGUUGGAUGAAGCUCAAAUAAAUCCUCAGUUAAUUUCAGAACAUGGGACAGAUGAUGGAGCAGAAAAGGAAGCAACACCAGUCACCAGUGAGACCCUCGAAUCAGGUACUGCUGGCGAAGCUUAACGUUGCAGAAGAUAUUUUUCGGAAUGAGAUUAAUCAAGGAAUCUGUAUUAGAAGGAUAUGCCUUAAUUUCGAAAUAUAUGGAAAUGUGCAAGUGUUUUGAGAUUCAAGGAGCCAAAGAGAACAUGAAUGUUCUUUGUUUCCUGUUGUUUCUAUUCCAAACAUGGAGCAUUUGAGUUGAACCUGUACCUUUUCCGUUGGCGCAAUGAACUCGCAUGCUUUCUUGAAGCC